AGAGAUCUUGAUUGGGUGCAGCUUUUCAGUCACAAAAAGAAAAGCAAAACAUUCAGAUCAGCAACAGAACGAAAAUGGCUCGAAUUUUGGUUAAAAAUGUAUCUUAGUGCGCGAAUAGUGUUAAUAACUAGAGUGUAUUACCAGUGAAUAAAAUGUGAUAAUAAGCGCGAAAGUUUAUAGAGUGCCGAUUUGAAAUUCAAGAUAGAUUGAAAUUUGCUUGGACAAAUACAUAACAGUCAUGAAGAUGGGAUUAACUUCAUCGCCGCUUAGGCGUCGUAGUUGUUUUUUAGCUUUUAUACUCUUAUUGGUACCUUGUACGAUAUUGUUUUUAGUUUUAGGAACAGAUUUUACUGCUGAGCAAACGAUGUCACAACGAGUAGCCGAAUUUCAAAUGCGCAUGCAAUACCUAGAGUCAAUGUACCGCGCAAAACAGGAAGAUGUAGCGAUAUUGUCCCAGUACUUGGGCUUCUCGAAUCAAAAUGGAGAGACUUCAAACAUGUCAAUAAACUUAAAUCUACUAGACGGAUUAAGUGCCGACUCGCGAUCUCUGAUCCGCAACGUGUCAGCAUCAGCCAAGUUGCCUGCAAAUUUAAAAUUACCAACGGCCUUUCAUUUUUUACCACACUUACUUGACGAUCCCGCGUCCUUAAGGCCAGCCUUUUUGCAAUCGAAGAAUCGGCAGGGUGUUUCCAUUGUGUUUGGAAUACCAACAGUUAAACGCGACAAACAAUCUUAUCUGCUUGAAACCGUUGAUAAUCUCAUUGCGAAUAUGGACGAAGAAGAGCAAAACGAAACAAUGAUCGUAAUUUUCAUUGGCGAAACAGAGCAGGAAUACGUAAACCAGGUCGCAAACAGCAUCAACACGAGAUUUCCUACGUUUUUAGAAAGUGGAUUCAUCGAAAUUAUUGCCCCUGCUGCGAGUUACUAUCCCGACAUGCACCGACUUAGGCAGACUCUGAAUGAUUCCGUGGAAAGGGUCAAGUGGCGAUCGAAACAAAAUCUCGACUUUGCUUAUCUCAUGGCUUACACGCAACCAAAAGGAGCAUUCUAUGUACAACUGGAGGAUGACAUCUUGACGAAGAAGGGAUUUGUUACCAUUAUAAAGAAUUUCGCACUGGAAAAAACUGCAAACAAGGAGCAAAGCCAAUGGUUUGUGUUGGACUUUUGUCAGCUAGGUUUCAUUGGUAAAAUGUUCAAAUCAGCCGAUUUGCCUUGGUUGAUAACAUUUUUCCAAAUGUUUUAUAACGAAAAACCAGUCGAUUGGCUGCUCUAUCACUUGAUCUACACAAAAGUUUGCAGCGUGGAGAAAGAUGCGAAAACGUGUAAACAGGAAAUAUCAAAGUUAUGGAUACACUACAAGCCUUCGCUGUUCCAACACAUUGGGACUACUUCUUCUUUGAAAGGUAAAGUUCAAAAGCUCAAAGAUAAACAGUUUGGCAAAAUACCAACAUUCUAUCCGCACAACAAUCCUCCCGCUGUUGUAAAAACUGGAAUUCAGCAUUAUAAAACAUACACACUGCAGAAGGCGUACAGUGGCGAGAGUUUUUUCUGGGGGUUGAUGCCCCAGCCCGGAGAUUUGAUCGAAAUAAAAUUCAAAGAUCCAGUCGUACUCAAGCGAUAUCUCUUCCGAAGCGGAAAUUUUGAGCAACCAUCCGAUCGCUUCUACAACACAACUGUCGAGGUUCUCCCAACAAAUUUGGCCGAAGAUUCGUCCGUGUGGAAUACAUACAACACUACAACUGACGGAUUCCUAAUAAUUGGCGCGUUCAAUGACUUUGGCAUUGCCGAGGGAGUGGUCGAUCCUAAAAUCGGCGAACUGAAAGAACUUCGAUUGCACGUCUACAGUGAUAGCCAGAACUGGGUGAUUCUGCGAGAGAUCCUACUCCAAGACAAUACCGUUCGGUGACGAAAGCGGUAUCGCAUUCUAGUCCAGCCCAAUAGUCUUAAUAUGGAGUCGUUGCGCGACCCGCUUAAAUGAAGUCAAAUGAGUCUGAAGAAAUUUCAACAAGAAAUAUCAACCCGUCAUUUUCAAAAGAAACCCAAAGUGAAUUGACGUACUAUGUAAAGAAAAAGUAUUAAUUUUUCACGUUUUUUAAGAAAUCAAAAAAAUGCUACUCUAAAGUUACCGUGAUUGUUAAGUGAUUAAAAAAUGUUAAAUUUGUAAACUAAAGCACGAAACUUAAACUAAUUACCACGUGACAAAGUGUUGAUGCAUAAAUGUCGAGAGCGAAAACAAUGUAGUAUAGCCAGGGAAGGGUAACCGAACCUAAUUAUUAGUGUUUGCCGAAAAGUGCAAUAAAAAGCAGACGUGUCUGGCCUUUAAAUCGAAGGAAAUUUAGAACGUCUACUUAAAAAAAAUAACCAUUUUGCCUGUCAAAGGACUUCUUUUCAAUAGACUCUUUUGGUAAUUUGAUCCCAAUAUGUAGCAUAAUUUGUCUUUUCAAAAAUCUUAUUACAGUAUGUAAAAAAAGUAUUUACAACCCUUGAGCACUACGCACAUUUUGUGAUGAAGCAUGCACACAAUUAAAGUUUAACAGAAACCUAGUGCUACGUUUUGUUUAGAAACUAAUGCUGAAUAUUUUGCUACAAAAAGCUCACGAAGAGAUGUUUUCUAUAAAAAGUUCUACAACAAAUUAAACUUCAAAAAUCAAAAACGUGCCAAAAAAGUUUGUAAACUUUUUUUUUAAUUCCACGGUAUGGCGGAAGCAAAAUAUAUUAUAAAACGAAUGUUUUGAAAUUAUUGUAGCUGUAAUAGUAUAAACUGGAAAAAAGUUGGUUUUAAUAAAAAAAUAUUUUUUUUAUUUAGUACCAGGCGUCUCCAUCAGUAUGAAAAACAUUUAUUUUCUGAAAAACGCAUUAAUCACCGAUAGAAUAUUUUGAAUCGAACAUAUUCUUAAUCAGGAAGAUGUAACACAACUUUCUAGGCUUAAAUCUCCCAUGGGUCACCUCGAUUUAUAAUGGUUUGCUUCCACCAUACCGUGAAAUUAGUUUACUAAAAAAUAUGUUCAACUUGAUAUUUCAAGCAAUCGUGAACCGCGUUUUACUCAACAUAUUUACUAGGAUGCAACAGAAAUGACUUUUUUACCGGGCAUUCAGCAGAUGAACGGUGGACGUACAGAGCCUAAAAUCCCAAAAAAUGAUUGGACGUAACAGGAGCUGGCGCUCCCUUGCAAUCAAAUGGAUUUUAUCCGUGAUAGAACAUUUUUUCAAAUAUGUCGAUUUUUUUCACUUUUCAACAUCACUGGCGUGUAGGCUCUAAAUGUGUUCCAAAGAAAACAAAAAAAAAUCAAAAUAUUUAAUAAAAACAGUUAUCCAUUUUACCCCUAUUUGCCCCUACUCAAAUAAAAUAAUUUUUGAUUACCAUCAUCAGGGUUCGCAUGGGGUCUGGGGUGGUGAGAUUAAGUCAUACAAAAAUACAGAAAUGUGUAUCUCACCCCAGCAGUUCAUUUUGAAGCCAGUGAAAAACUCACCAUGAAACAGCUCAUUCUACUAACUUGAUGAUUUCAUGUUAUCCUCAGUGAUAUUCUUCGCCACAUCGAAUACAUCUGUCGUUGAUGAACGGCAUAUAUUUGAAGCUCUUUCUUGGCAAGGCAUCUAAAAAACCCAAGAUUGAAAAAUUAAUGUUAUUUUAUUGAAACUGGAUACAAGUUCACCAAAAGUUUCAAUAAAACUAUUAAUUGACUCGUAAAUCAAAAUAUUGGUAAAAAAGUAUACUGCAAAAAUAUCAACACUUGGUGUCCCUCUUAUAGAAAUUUCAACGAUUUUAUAAAUUUCAUUAGGAGGUUUAUCAAUAAUUUUAAAAAAUCAGCUUUGAAAUUCUCGAUUUUACCAGAUGAACUUGAUAAAAUACUGUAAUACAAAAAAAAUCCUAAAUUUGGUAUCCAACCAUCGACAAAUGUUGCAAUAUCAAAACAAUACCUUAAAUUGGUAUGAUACCAAAUUUUGCUCUUACAUAAUCCUUAAGACAAAUUUGAAAGGGAUCAGAAAUACCAUAAUUUGAUAUUGAUACCAGAUAAAGGUAUCAUUACGCAUUUUCCUUGUUGUUUACCCAUGCUAGGUACCCCAAAUAGUCUGAAAAAGGAUGGUCACAAAAAAUACUAGUUCCAUAUGAGAUGUUCUUUUUUGUUCGGUUACCCUUUCAUCACAGAUAAACAGACGUAAAGUUCUUAGUAUUACAAAUACAAAUCAUUUCAAAAACUCAAAAUAAUCUCAAUACACAAUGUGCACUACCCCGCUGUACGAGCAAUGUAAAGUACGGAUGUAAAUGUAGCUUUGAGGGCACUCAGUUGAUGUAUCGUUUUUGCAAAGUGAGUUACGGCAAAUCCACAUCAAUAUGACGAGUUUUACAUCUUUUUGUCUGUGGUGAUAACACACCUAAUAACACCGCGUGUAGCACUGUGAAUGUUAUUGUUACAACAACAGACUAUACACUAAAACUAACAACAAAAUUUCAAUUGAAAUUUUGUUUAAAAAAACAUACUUUUAAGUGCUUAUAAAGUAUUGUCCAUGUGAAGCUGCUGUACUUGUUUUUCUUAUGCGAUUCAAUUUGUGAAAAAUGUGGUGAUAGAAAUAUUCCUAAAAUAAAUAAAUUCUUUUGUUGGAAGUGCUUCUGGCCAUACAUUUUGUAAAAUAAAUAAC